GGAAGUGGACUAAACCACCAAAGAUUCCCGCAGAUUCGAUACCGAUUGUCCUGGCUUUAACAAACGUGUCCAGACCGACCUAAACAUUCGCUGAAAUAUCAUUCGUGGGACACUUGAGACGAUAAUGCUGGAUGGUUGCGCUCAUGAAAUUCACCAGAGAUAUAUGCAGGCUCUUGGGGCUCGGGAGCGGUGCCCCUGUCCAACAGCAGGAGGAGCAGAUGGACUGCGGUGCCGCAAACCCUGACCCAAGUGAUGAUGCCACUUUGUCACAGGAUGUAUUAAAUGGAGAGGAGGAUUUGAGUGAGGAGGAGAAGGUCAGACGGAGGGCAGAGCGACGCAAAGCCAAGAGAAAGCGUCGUCGAAAACGUAAGAAGCAGGAGCAGGUUAAGCAAAAUGAGAGUGCUGAACAGGAUGAUGAGGACGAAGAUGGAGGUGCAGAGUCUGAACUGGAUGAAAGCGAGUCAGAAGCAGAAGGUGGUGCUGAAGAGGAGAAACAAAGAGUUCAGAAAGAGGAGAAGAAGGAGGAAAAAUCAUCUGCCUCACACAAAUAUGCUGCCACCCCACUCAUGGCUCCUUUAGGAAUCAAAGGGCAUCAGAAAAGCCAAGGCAGAUCAACUGAAGAGGACCCUGAGUGGGAUGUGAGCAGUGCCUUCUUUGCUAAUGCUGCUAGCCAUAUCAAACCCAAAGGAUCAACUCGCAAGUCCAAAGAAAACAAGGAGAACGAGGCCAGGAGAGAGGCAAAUGGAACUGACACCAUUACCAAGAAAAGCACAUCACUAGUCGAAAAGGGGAUAAAGCUGGUGCAAGAGGGGCAGUACGCACAAGCAAUUGUUAUGUUUACAGAAGCCAUCAAAUGUGAUCCAAAGGAUAACAGGUUCUUUGGGAAUCGGUCCUAUUGCUAUUACUGCUUGGAGCAGUACCCUGAGGCCCUGGCGGACGCCGAACGCUCCAUUCAGCUGGCCCCGGACUGGCCCAAGGGACACUUCCGUAAGGGCACUGCUCUCAUGGGCAUGAAGCGGUACAGUGAGGCAGAGAAGGCUAUGGAGCAGGUGCUGAAACUGGACAAAGACUGUGAGGAAGCUGUCACUGACCUCUUUAACUGUAAAGUGCUGCAGAUAAUGGAGCUUGGUAUUGAUGAAAUGCAAAGUGUUCAACUGCUGGAGAAACUUUCAACUGUGCAGGCAGUUCAGGCAGCCUGUUUGGAUUCUGCCAGGGCUGGGAGCCAGGAUCCAUCAGUUGUGCAACCAGGAAGCCCAUGUCCAUCUCUGUGGGUAGGAAAUGUGACGACUGAGCUGACUGAGAAACACCUAUGGGACCUUUUUAAAAUGUAUGGCGAGAUAGAAAGUAUCCGUGUGCUGCAUGAGAGAUUCUGUGCUUUUGUUAACUUCAGGAAUGCAAAUAUGGCUGCUCGUGCCAUGGAGAAACUAAAUGGUUAUUGUAUUGAGAACACACGUUUAGUGGUGCGCUAUCCUGACCGUCGCGCUCCGAGGGUCCUCCCAAUUCCACUUAAGACGUGUCUCCCUGUCACACAGCAGGCAGGGGCAGCUGCUGGACCUCGACGGCGUGGCCCAGUGAACGGAGACGAGUGUUACUUCUGGAGAACCACCGGCUGCCAUUUUGGGGACAAAUGUCGCUACAAACACAUUCCUGAUCAGAAAGGCAAGGACAGGAAGCCCUGGCAGCCUUGAACUCAGUUUACGCUCUGCCUCAGUAGUGUGCAGGAAACCCGGAUACACAGACCGAGCCAAAGAAACUGGUACUUACUGGACCAGGUUCUCUGGGCUAAAAAUACUAACUGUGGCAGAAUGGACCAGAAUAGUCGAAGGAUCAGAGCCAGCAUUCGGGCACUAAAGCUGGGAUAGUAACACAUGUGCCACCAAGGACUGGGAGUAUGAAGGUUUUUAUUCCAACCGAAGAUUUUAUUGGAUGAUAUUGCUCAGUAGUACAACAUUAGCCAGAAAGGAGCAGCAAAAUCACCUGAUUUAGUCUUUGCGUCCUGUGAAAACCUUCAUAUUUAUAGCCCUUUGUGGCAUAUGGUGACUGAUCCCUGCUUUAACCUCACAGGACUACAACAGAAGGAGGAAGUGAAACUGCGUGGGUUCAUUAAUUUGGGGGGGGGGGGGGGGGGUGUCAUGGCUCUGUCAUUUAAAGAAGUAAUGAAAGAAUUUUUCAGGCCAAGGUUCUUCAGUAAUGAUCCUGGAGACCUUCCUUCUUUAGAUAUUCCAUCACAAAGCCAUGUUCCUCCCCAUUUUUAAAGUACAGUAACUUGUUUAUCCAUUUGCAGUAACCUAUUUUUUUUUUUAACAGUUUAGGUUUACUCGUGGUUCAACGCUGCUCACACUAGUCUGUGGUUCAUACUGGGGCUCCAUUUCCUACUUUAUGUUUAUGUGCCAAUAUCAGCACACCGUGCACCAGACCAAAGACUUCCUAACAGUCAUACUUAUCGUUUCCCCAUGCAGAUGAGGUUUUUCUUCAAGUCAGUAAGCUACAGGAACCCAGAGAGGUGCCUUGAUACUGUGUUAUGUACUAUUUAGCCCUAGUUAAGGUGAUCAUACAUGGGUAAUUGGACAUACAACCCACAAACUGAACUUAAGGGAUUGCAGGAUUGUAUGUAUUAUUGCAAGGUUUAGGUGUAUAUUUCACUUUACUUACUGGCUGCCCUAUUGUCAUAAAAUGGAAUACACACACUGCAUGUCUGUUAUGUUGUCGUGACAUGUUAUGGAGGACUCACUGUCCAUCAUAACUAUCUAUAGGGUGUAGAAGAAGUAAUACCUGACAAUAUCAUGCAAUCCAGUAUAAUAAAUACUUCCAUUAUGAAGGCUGUAGUUUGGGCUUUUUGGUGAGACUCAGUCAGACAGGUGUUAUUUUAACUCUACAGCAAUUUUAGGCUGUAGUUUUUGGUUUUGUUGUAUUGGAUUGCAUGAAAUGUCAUAUCCUGCCUUCAUUCAUUUAUUUAUGUUAGCAUUAGAAUAUACAACAUGCUUUAUUGGUACAUUUGCAUAGUAAAUAUUACAGUGCUUUAUGUCUAUGCAAAAGAAAGUUCUGUGUCAUACACAUCCACCAGCUCUGGCGGUCUAGUCUGUUGUUGUAAGUUAAUGUCUGCGACAGACAUGGGGAUGUCAUUGGUAAACUAGACACAUUCAUGGCCAUGUGUGUUAGAUAAUCCAUUAACAGAACCUUUGAAAAUUGAAAAUCAGUGUUUUUGACCUUGCAGACUCCAUUUCAGUAUUUCAGUGAACUAAAAAGAAAUGCCUCAUUUAAUGGCUCUGCACUGAAAACAGCCUUAUUCUUUCAUGAUUUUCAACACUAGACAGUGCAUUAAAACCUAUAGGUAUGUGUCUGUAUCAUCCACCUGACAACAAUUACAGUGACAACACAUGGUUUAAGUCCACACUACAUUCACUUGUAAACUAUGCACAGCAUAGUGAGAGUAUUUAUUAUCUUAUUUAUACCUGUUUUUCUUUUUUACAACAUACCUUGGUAGCUGAGUUCAGCUUUUAAAUUACUGACCUUUUUGUCUUUUACUUUAUGAUGGGUGAAAGAAAAGACCACUUUUCUGCUCAUUUCUGGAUUUAGAGGCAAGCAUUAUUAAAAACUGUUUGGUGCAAAUACUGUCA